AUGUCCAGGGGUGGUAAUAGAACUGAUAAGGGUGAUGACAAGAUGGACCUGUGUGGCCGGGGGAGCUGGUGGCUGGGAACGCUGAAAGACACACCAAUCCCAGGUCUCUAUCACAUCAGAGACUUCAUCGAAGAAGCUGAACUGAACCCUGUGAGGAAGACCUACGGGUUUAAAGGCUCGGGCAGGAAAGCCCAGCCUGUGGGUGUGCGUAAUGGGGAUCUGCUGCUGCCCGGGGCCUACGAAUACACCGACGCCACCCAGGAGGUCCUGAUGCGCCAGGCUUCUUACUCUUUCAAAAACUGUCCACGGCCUGACAUCAUCACUCUGGGCAUCAGGGACAAGCACAUAAACACUUCACCGUGUGACUACAAUGUGACAGCGAAACCAGUGGAGAAGAUUCCCUGCAAGCAUGUGAUGUUUCGGUCGACUGUGCAACGGAUCAGCUUUCCGCCUAAGGAGGGACCUGCUCCAUGCCAAUACAAUCCACAGACCAGACCAGCAAAAGGCAUCACUUCCUGCUUCAAGUCCAAAUUGCCACGGCUCCACUAUGUGCACUCAAAGACCCCAGGACCAGGGGCCUAUGAACCUUGCUGGAAAUUGGAUGACCAACUGAGCAUGGAGGCGAUGGACCCAUCAUUUAGCCUCUUCUUCCGUAACAUUCCCUAA